CGGCGGCUCCUCCCCCGUGGCCGCCCGGCAGCAUGGCGGCGGCGGUGGAGACCCGCAGAGUGUGCGAGACCGCCGGCUGCAGCAGCGAGGCCAAGCUGCAGUGCCCCACCUGCCUCAAGCUGGGCAUCCAGGGCUCCUACUUCUGCUCACAGGAAUGCUUUAAGGGAAGCUGGGCCACUCACAAGUUAUUACACAAGAAAGCAAAAGAUGAAAAAGCUAAGCGUGAAGUUUCCUCCUGGAGCCUGGAAGGCGACAUUAACACAAAUCCCUGGUCUGGUUAUCGAUACACUGGGAAACUCAGGCCACACUACCCACUGACGCCAACAAGACCUGUGCCAAGUUAUAUUCAGAGACCGGAUUAUGCUGAUCACCCACUAGGAAUGUCUGAAUCAGAACAAGCUUUAAAAGGAACCUCUCAAAUAAAAGUACUGUCAUGUGAGGAUAUAGAAGGGAUGCGAGUAGUGUGUAGGCUUGCUAGAGAAGUACUGGAUGUUGCUGCCAUGAUGGUGAAACCGGGAGUAACUACUGAAGAAAUUGAUCAUGCUGUCCAUUUAGCUUGUAUUGCAAGGAAUUGUUAUCCUUCCCCUUUGAAUUAUUAUAAUUUCCCCAAGUCGUGUUGUACGUCAGUGAAUGAAGUGAUCUGUCAUGGAAUUCCUGACAGGAGGCCAUUGCAGGAGGGAGAUAUUGUUAAUGUGGAUAUCACAGUCUAUCGCAAUGGCUACCACGGAGACCUGAACGAGACGUUUUAUGUGGGAGACGUGGACGAGGGUGCCCGGAGGCUCGUCCAGACAACUUAUGAGUGCCUAAUGCAAGCCAUUGAUGCAGUAAAACCUGGUGUUCGGUACAGAGAACUGGGGAACAUAAUUCAGAAACACGCUCAAGCAAAUGGAUUUUCAGUGGUUCGGAGCUACUGUGGGCAUGGAAUCCAUAAACUUUUCCACACAGCUCCUAACGUGCCCCAUUAUGCCAAAAACAAGGCUGUUGGAGUCAUGAAGCCAGGUCAUGUAUUUACAAUUGAACCAAUGAUCUGUGAAGGUGGCUGGCAGGACGAAACCUGGCCCGACGGCUGGACUGCGGUGACGAGGGACGGGAAGCGCUCGGCACAGUUUGAACACACGCUGCUGGUCACGGACACAGGCUGCGAGAUCCUGACCCGGCGCCUGGACAGCGUUCGCCCCCACUUCAUGACCCAGUGAUAGUCCACACUGAGCAGGUGCAGCAGAAUGAGAAAUACAUACAUAUUUUUUGCCCCCUGUACUAUGCAUUUUUUUAAGAGUACAGAAUAGAAAGAUUUCACCAUUUACUUUGUUCUCAGUGAUUGUAGAUAAGAGGAAUAUCUCGAAGAACCUGACCCAAUGCCUGCAAAAGCAGAGAAUUAAAAGAAUUUCCUGCUUUCCUCCUA